AUGGCAGAUCUAACAACAAAUGAGAAGAAGGUUAGUAGCAGUAGCUACAUUCCCGAUGAAAUUGCAUUAUGUAUUCUCUCCAAACUUCCUGUUAAAUCUCUGAAGCGUUUUUCUUGCGUUCGCAAAUCAUGGUCAGUUUUAUUUGAAAAUUCUGAUUUCUUUAACAAGUUUAGAAACAAUCUUGUUUCCAAAUCUGUUCCACUCUAUGAUGAUGCUUGUUUUCUCUUUAAACGAACUAUGUAUGGGACUACAUUUUCCUUGGGUUUGGGUGAGGAUGAAAUUGUAUUGGAUCUGAAUCUUCCAUCUAUAUUUCUAGAUAAUGGUAAUCAAUCUACUGAAAUUUUAGGUUCUGCUAUUGAUGGCAUUGUUUGUCUCUAUGAUUGUUUCAAUCAUACAACUGUAGUAUUGUGGAAUCCUAAUACUAGAAAAAGGAAAUUGGUUCCUCCUACCCCUGUUAAGAAAUACCUACCUGAUGGUCUAGAAAGUGCUUAUUGUCUUCAUGGAUUUGGUUAUGACUGUGUUCAAGAUGAUUUCAAGAUCAUUCUGUAUGUGAAUUGUGAUUUACUUGUUGGAGAAGGAGAAUAUGACUAUGACUCGUUUUGGGAGAUAUAUAGUCUAAAAAGUAACUCUUGGAGAAGACUCAAUGGUGAUCAUACUAUUCCAUUUCUUGAAUCAGGUACAAAAGGUUUGGAGGUGUACUUGAAUGGAAUGUGUCAUUGGUUGGGGUUAAAAGAUGACCAAACUUAUCUCGUGUCAUUUAACUUGAGCAAUGAAGUGUUUUUAAGCGUAUUCGUAGAUGAAUGUGCUUCCUAUUGUUACAAAUUGGUGGUGUUAAAUGGGUCUGUUGCUAUGAUCAAAAAUAGGAAUGAUAACAUGUCUUUCAACAUAUCAAUUUUUGGUGAAAUCGGUGUCAAAGAGUCGAGGAUUAGACUUUUCAAUGUUGGAGUUGGACCUUUGUCUUCUUCCGUUGAAGAUUCUAUUGCAGCUGGGAAGAAGGGCAAAAUAUUCUUCAAAGAAAAAGAUGGUAAAGUAGUUUGUCUUGAUUUAACUACUUUGAUGAUUGAGAAGAUUGAUUUUGAAAGCAAUAGUUCUAUCGAUCAAAUUGUAUUUUACAAGGCAAGUCAUCGUCGAUUGAAGAAGCAAUGA